AUGAAGUAUAUAUUUCUGCUGAUUUUAUGCUGCUGUUUAGUUUUAUUCUUCACAGCUUACGGCAAUACUACAUACAUCACUCAUCCACCAUUUGUGCGUAGUCGAUAUAGUCUACGGUGGCGUCAAAACAGUACAAUCUCGCCAUUGGAGACAACAGGACGUGCCGUAGAAAUGGCAACCUCUUCUGAGCAUUCAAAAAUAUUAGCCUCAUCAACAGCUAAUGGGGAUUACGAUUAUUAUGGAAACGGGGAAAUGGACAAUAAUGUUCACAAAUAG